AUGGACGACGGUGGUCCACUCUCUCCCAGAGCGAAUGCUUUCAGUAUCGCUUCUCUGAUUUGCGGCGCGGAGCAAGCAGGAAACGCAGCAUUUGACAAGCUGAGCACCGGCCCGCAGGACAAACCAGACGGGAACAAGCAGAGCUGCUGCACGAUGCAUUACAGCACGGUGACCCGGGAAAUGGAAGCCUUCACGACCAGCAGUCUGAGCAGCCUCAACACUCCGGGGGGGUACCACCUCUCCCCCUCCCCCGGGGACCCUUACACUCAACACGAGACCCACUUUGAGCCCUGCCCGGCCGCUCAGCCCAACUACGGCUACCCGGGCCAGGCCCCGCCGAGCGAGCCCGCUGGAACCCCUUGCUCGUCGUCCUCGUCCAACUCGACACCAAACAGCAAGAACAUGGUCAAGAAAAACCCCAAAGUGGCCAACAUUAACGUCCAGCUGGAGAUGAAGGCCUUGUGGGAUGAGUUUAAUCAGCUGGGUACCGAGAUGAUCGUCACCAAGGCGGGAAGGAGAAUGUUUCCAACUUUCCAAGUGAAAAUAUUCGGGAUGGAUCCAAUGGCUGACUACAUGCUCCUAAUGGACUUCUUGCCUGUAGACGACAAACGUUACAGGUAUGCGUUCCACAGCUCUUCUUGGCUUGUGGCCGGCAAAGCUGACCCGGCGACACCGGGAAGGGUCCACUAUCACCCAGACUCUCCUGCCAAGGGGGCCCAGUGGAUGAAGCAGAUCGUUUCAUUCGACAAACUCAAACUCACUAACAACCUCCUUGACGAUAACGGACAUAUCAUUCUUAACUCUAUGCACCGCUACCAGCCCAGGUUUCACGUGGUUUAUGUGGACCCUCGCAAGGACAGUGAAAAGUACGCGGAGGAGAAUUACAAAACGUUUGUGUUCGAGGAAACGCGCUUCACUGCCGUCACGGCAUACCAGAAUCAUCGGAUCACUCAACUGAAGAUUGCCAGCAACCCUUUUGCGAAGGGCUUCAGGGACUGUGACCCAGAGGAUUGGCCCCGGAAUCACAGGCCAGGCUCCCUGCCAAUAAUGAGUGCUUUUGCCAGAACAAGAAACCCAAUGUCAUCUCCUCCUCAGCAGAAUGGCACAGAGAAAGAUGACAGCAGGCGUGAAUACGAGCGAGAGCCAGGCGGCACCCCCAUCCACGCAGACCCUGCUCACCAGCUAAUGUCCCGAGUUCUCAGUCCAGCCCUGCCUGUCCCAGGAGGUCUCCAUGCCGUUCCGCUCACCGGCGGCCGCCCGAGCCCUCCACACGACCUCCGGCCGGACCCUCACACACUACCCCCGGAAACCCUGCACCACCAUCCCUACAAGUAUCCCACCACCUACGAACACUACUUAGGAGCCAAGACCCGGCCGUCCCCUUACCCUUUACCAGGCAUCAGAGGGCACACGUACCACCACCACAUGAACCCUACAGCCAACAUGUACUCAGCCACCAGUGGGCCGGCAAACUACGAUUACGGGCCCAGAUAA